AUGGGAAAACACCAAAAGAAGGGGUCCAAACCAACUCCGCUGUUUGAUAUCCGGCUGCGAUCCACAGACAGAGACGUGGUCGUGCUGAAGGGCUCAGAGGACGACGCGCCAUCUGUCCUGCUCUCCGGCGUGAUUGCGCUCUCUGUGGUGGAGCCCAUAACCAUCAAAAGAAUGCAGCUCAAGCUCUGGGCCAGUCUCAAGUUCCAUUGGGAGGAGAAAUACCAGUCGGCCAAGACCACGUACACGCGGCCGUACAAGUACCAGAAGGUUCUUUUCGAGUUCAACUGGGACCCGCUGAAUCUGCAGGAGUUCUUGAACAACAACAGCCGGCCGCUCAGCUCCUCGUUCACCGGCCACGCCUCCGACGGCAACAUGGUCAGUUCCGGUUCUGGGUUUGCCACCGGCACGCUCACGCGGUCGACCAACUCGUCGUCGAGUUCCCUGAAAAUGAUGGCGCACUCGUCCAGGUCGUCGUCCAACCUGAACAAGAACAAGUCGCUCACAAACCUCAGUUCUCUGUCCUUCACGUCGGGAAGCAAGAACGAGCCGGUCGUGCUGCAGCAGGGCAACUAUGAGUUCCCCUUCCAGACGAUCCUGGACGGCUCGAUCCCGGAAUCCGUCGAGGGCCUGCCCGGCUGCUCCAUCGUGUACCGAUUGCAGUCGACGAUCGAAAGACACCGGUUCAGCGUCCCGAUCGUCACAAGAAAACACAUCCACGUCGUGAGAACGCUCACCACGGACGCGCCCGAGCUCACCGAGACGGUGGCCGUGGAGAACACGUGGCCGCAGAAGGUCGACUACUCGAUCAGCGUUCCUGCGCGCGCCAUAGCGAUCGGGUCCAUCUGUCCCAUCGACAUGACCAUGGUGCCGCUGGCGAAGGGCCUGCAACUAGGCUCUAUCAAAAUCAGCCUCAACGAGAACUUCAGUUUUUCCACCACGUAUGCCAGCCACGUUGGCGAGCGCACGGUGCUGAAUAAGACGAUCCCGAAAGUCGUCACCGACCAGAACGGAAAAAAUGUCUGGACGGAGGCCGAGAUGGACGAGAACGGGGUUUUUUUCCGAAACGAGGAGAUGUCGCUGGCCCAGGACAAAUGGGAAGUCAGGUCCUCCGUGACCAUCCCGUCGUCGCUCGCCCAGGUGACCCAGGACUGUACGAUCUCGCACUACGUGAGAGUGAUCCACAAGCUGCGAUUUGUCGUCUCGCUGAUCAACACGGACGGCCACGUGUCCGAGCUCCGUGCCACGCUGCCCAUAACGCUCUUCAUCAGCCCGUUCGUCCCGAUAAAGGCCAAGAACCUGCCCGAUCUCGACGACGACCUGGCCUCCGCCAACGUCGAGGACGCGACGAUCCGCUACAAGGGCGACGAACUCAUGUUUGGCAGCGACGGCCUCGGCCUGCUCAGCUCCACGGCGUCCACGCCGGGCUCCAGCUUCCUCUCUGCGUCCGCGCCGGCGCCGGCGUACAAUUUCAACGUCCAGGAGCUCAUGGCGCCGCCAAACUACGAAAACCACGUCUACGACAGGCUCUGGAGCGGCGUGAACUCGCCGGCAGAUACGCCGGAGUUCUCGCAGCCGUCCACGCCCAGAGGCCAGACCGAAGCCGCCAGCCAGGGCGUCCCAGGCGUCCAGACCAGCCCGGAGCCGGUGCCCGGCUCUAGCCAGCUCGGCGAGUUCAACAUGACGGCCACGGAGGGCGGGUUUAGCAACCAGCUGCUUGCCAGUCUCAACAGGGUGAACGCGUCGCAGCAGCCAGCGAUCCGCGGACGAGCCGUUUUCAACCUGACCGACGAGGGCACAGACUAUUUCUCGUACAACGCGCCUACCGGACACACAGACACCACGAUUGCCGGGCCAGCGUUUUCGGGCGGCGCCGCCCAGCCGAUGCCCGACACGCCUGGAGUGGCUGUCAACGACCAGCGCGUGACGCCGGGCAUUCUGUCGCCUGUCCAGCAUCUUUCUAGAGCAAACUCGUAUACCGAGUGUGUUCCGGGCCUGGAUGGCGAACACGCCGAGGAGAUCAAAUGGGACGGCGAGCUGCUGUCGCGGGUGCCCUCCUACGAAACGGCCAUCAAGUCCGACGUCACCGUGGGCGAUCUCACGCCCGCGUACGAGCCUUCCGAGUACGGCUCGUACAUCAAUCUGGACCAGUUGGACUCGCGCCUGAACGACGUGCACAUCUCGCAGGGAAACCACGCGCACCACCACCACUUGCCGGUCCAUCCAAAGCUGUCCAGAAGCACCACCUCGUCGUCGAUUCUGCUGAAUCUCGGCCGACACAAGGACCACAAGCUGCUGGCCUCGGAGCUGGCAAAAAGCAGGGCCUCGUCCAAACCUCCGUCUCCCAGCCUUUCUAGAAACCACUCCACGGCGAACCUCUCCACUCCUAGAAGUGCCCACCAACACACCUCAUCUAUGGGAUCUGGGCAAACAUCUCCGCUGCUGUCUACGUCGCCUGGAAUAAGCCAACCAAAAGGCGUCCAUCUUCACCUCAGCACGCACGGAACGCCAGGCUCUUCCUCGGCAGACCACUCCUUCAGCCAGAACGAGCCUAACCACGCGGCCGUGGGCGCCCUGAAGCGCCCGGAACUGGUGAAAUCCAGGUCCGCGUCGAGCUUCCAUCUGAAUAUGUCUAAGAAGAACGGCUCCUUGACGAACCUUAGCUUCUUGCAUAAAAAGAAGCAAAAGUGA